AUGAAUGCAGGCCUUCGAUUAUCAGCAUACAACAGUGAUUCGGUUGAGAGUCCCCAAUAUUAUCGCUCAAUUGUUGGGGCACUACAGUACUUGACAGUAACACGCCCAGAGAUUGCAUUCAGCGUGAAUAAAGUUUGUCAAUUUAUGCAUAACCCCCUGCAGAGUCACUGGACAGCGGUUAAACGCAUACUCAGGUACCUCUCGGGCAUGGUAGACUAUGGCCUUCAUCUUCAAAAAUCUUCAUCCCUUGAGCUUAUUGGAUUUUAUGAUGCAGACUGGGCCACUGACCCUGAUGACAAACGAUCCACCAGUGGGUACUGCAUCUAUUUUGGCACCAAUCUUGUAGCUUGGCAAUCAAAGAAACAAUAG